AUGGCUGCUCUAAAAGCUGAGAUAGAAAGGUUGAAUGCUGAGAAUGCCAGAUUCAGAAGUGGAGAGCUGAAAGAUAAGAAGGAUAAGGAUGACAAAGAUGAUCACAGCAAUGCUGAUGCUGCUGAUAGGAGUGAUAAGGAUGGAGAUACAGAUAGGAGUGAUAAGGGUGGAGAUGGAGCAAGUGAAAAGGAUUCUUCUGCAGCUGACAAGUCUAAAGGGAAAAUGCCUGAAUCUGAGAACAUCUUCACUAAUCAGGAUUAUGACAACAUUCCUGAAGAUGUUGAUGAUGAUGAUGCUUUUGAUUCUGCUUAUUUUGAAGCUGAGGAAGAAGGUCGUUUCGAGGAAAGCUUUCUUUUCAACGAAGAUCAUUCUGUGGGCCCUGAGCACAUGGAAAAGGUCAGAAUGUUUAAAGCUCAACAUGAAGCUAGCAAAGCAAAGCUUCAGGAACUACAGAAACUGGUGGAUGAGAAGAGGACAACUGAUGAGUUGGUCAAGCUGGAGAAACAGAAGAUAUGGGAUGCAAAGUUCAAGGAAAAGAGAGAGGAUAUCUCCAGGAAAGUUGGUGAAAGCUGGGAUAUUGCUAGCUCUGAUGAGGACUUAAACUCUGAUAUCCCCUUAGACUCUGAGGACAGUGACACUGAGAUGAUGCAGCUGGCAGCUUUAAUGGUCAAAAGCUUCAAGAAGAUGGCUUACAAAAACUUCAAUAAGGGAAAGAAGUUUACGAGGAAGGACAGAAACUCUGACAUAAAAGGUUUCAAGAAGAAUGAGGGAAAGGAAGAAAAAUCUGGAAAAGUUGACAAAUCCAAGUUUACCUGCUUCAACUGUGGUGAAAAGGGUCACUUUGCAACUGAGUGCAAGAAGGCCAAGAAUGAAAAUGGACAAGCUUUCAUCACCAAAAAAGGAAACUAG